AACCACCUAGUUACCUCAGAAGAUCUCUGGGGCCCCGGAUUUCCCUGGGGUGAUGGAUGAACAUGGGGAGAACUGAGUAUCAGUGGAGUCCAAAAGGCGGCAAGUGGAUGCACGCUCUCUCAGCUCCCCACUAUUGUGCACUCCCAUUAAUGGUGCGAAAUCCCCCAGGCUUAAGGUAAGAUUGGCUUGGUUAAGCAAUAUACCAGCGUCCGAGAGAAUCAAAUCUGUCUCUUUACUCAGUCAUAAGGACCGUGUAUCCUUGCUCUUUUCUGCCGCUCAAAGCCUCUCCUAAGCGUGGCAACAGAGGCAUGGAGCAGCCAAAUAUCACUACCAACGUCGAUAUGGACAAGGCGACCAUCGCGCACGUCUCAGACGUCUCGCACAUUUCACCCGUCUCAAAGGCACAAGUCGGUCGAGAGAGGCUCUUUGAUCGCCUCCCACCGCAUGAGUCGUACGAGGGCCGCCAUCGGUGGGAUCCCGACAUGACAUGGACCGCCGAUGAAGAGCGGAAAGUGGUCCGGAAAACGGAUUUUUAUCUGCUCUCCUGCCUAUGUAUCAUGUUCUUCGGUCUCCAGCUAGACCGAGGCAACCUGUCUAAUGCUCUCGCCGAUGAUCUGCUUCAGGACUUGGAACUCACCACCAACGACUAUAACAAUGGUACCACGAUUCAGCUCGUCUGUUUCCUUGCAGCUGAGUUCCCCGUCCAGAUGAUUACGAAGAGGCUUGGGUUCAAAAAUGUCUUGCCCACAAUGAUGUUUCUUUGGGGUGCCGUUUCCUGGGGCCAGGCAUGGAUCACGAAUCGCGCCAGCUUCUACGUUACCCGCGCGCUCAUUGGCCUCUUCGAGGGCGGAUUUAUUCCAGGUGUGAUCUUGUUCUCAACCUACUUUUACACGUCCAAAGAGCUCUCAACCCGGCUGGCCGUCUUCUGGUCUACGCUGAAUGUCGCUCGUGUCAUCUCGGCGCUACUCGCGGCGGGGAUCCUCAAGAUGAGGGGCAUCGGGGGCCAUACGGGGUGGUUUUGGCUCUUCCUUUUGGAAGGCCUUCUCACCUGCGUGAUUGCACUGGUGGCCUUUCUAUGGCUUCCUGCCAGCCCAACGGAGACCAGGAGUGUUAUCUGUCGUAACCCCUGGUACACGGAGCGAGAAGAGGCCAUUAUGGUCAACCGUAUCCUUCGUGAUGACCCAGCCAAGGGGCUGACGGCCCUCAAAGAGCCGGUCCGCUGGAGCAACAUCAAGGAGGCCUGGAUGGAUAGGUCCAUGUGGGGGCUCUACUUUAUCGGCCUAGUCGCCUAUAUUCCUGCGACACCUGUCCAAGGCUACCUUACCCUCACGUUAAAGCGCAUUGGCUUCACAACAUUCAAUGCCAACAUGCUGACCGUCCCGUCGGCAGUUCUGCAGAUCUUUACAAUGCUCGCCAUAUCCUUCAGCAGCAACUAUUUCAACGAUCGGGCUUUUCAUGUCGUCUUUGGAGAUUUUUGGGUCAUGCCCCUCCUCGUUGGUCUUCUCACGCUGCCUAACGGCGGCCGGGACUGGUCUCGCUUCACACUCGUGACACUAAUAUCUGGUUAUCCGUACUUUCACCCAAUAGUAUCUUCGUGGAUCUCUGAGAACAGCUUUGAUGUCAAGAAGAGGGCCAUCACGGCCGCUACUUACAAUGUGAUUGUACAGGUCGGCUCCCUCAUCGGCUCCCAGAUCUACCGGGCCGAUGAUGCGCCGUACUACCAUCGCGGCAACUCUGUGCUACUAGCAAUCUGUGUCUUCACUAUUGUUGUCGUUAUCAUUCAGCGUGAGCUUUUGCGCCACCUGAACCGGAAGAAGGAUAUGAUGUGGAGGUCCAUGACAGUGGAGCAGCAGGCGGCGUACCAGAACGACAUUCCAGCUCGGGAGAAUGAUGGAAAUAAGCGGCUAGACUUUCGCUUUUCAUACUAGCGUGAGAGUAAAGACCAUGGAGGAUAUUGCAACGAGGAUGAAACUGACAUUGCGACUGUCCUAGAGGAAUGGGGUCAGUCGAUCCGGGGCCUUAGUGAAAGAUCUGAACUCGGCAACUGGGGAUAACUCCUUGGAGAUAGCGGGUCGGCAUGGGAGUUUAUCACAGCAGGCCUCUUUAUAUCUCUUUGCGCAAGGAGAAUACUUGAAUUC